AUGCCGCCAUCGCACCUCGCCGCCACCGCGGCACAAUCGCCGGCCUCAUCGCGAGGUCGGCGUCCCCGCCAUGGCGGCGCGAUGAUAUCCGCCUCCUGCUGUCGCGCCGCGGCCCUCGCCUCCCUCCUCGUCGCCGCCGCGGCCACCGCGUUCCUCACCUUCUCGCUGCCAUUGUCCCCCAGCGUGUCCACCACCAAGCACACGGCAGAAUUAUUGUCCGCCGCGAGCUCCACGCCGCCGCCACCACAUCGAACAUUAGCUACGGCGUCACCUCCACCGCCGUCCCCGCCGCCUGCAGAACCAGCUACGUCCGCGGCGAGGCCCCGAAAACGAGAGGUAUGUACGUGCCCGCAUGCAGGUUGGAGAUUCAAAGUAACGGUGUUGUCUAUUUUCGUUCUGUGUCGUGGUGAUCAGCCGUCGUAUUGGAGGAUGGCGCCAGAGGAGGCGCUGAGGUACGCCAAGAAGGAGAUAAUGGCCGCCGAGCCGGUCGUCCCCGACGACCCCGACGACCUGUACGCGCCUCUCUUCAAGAACGUCUCCCAGUUCAAGAGGAGCUACCAACUGAUGGAACGGAUACUCAAAGUUUACAUUUACCAGGACGGUCGGCGGCCCAUCUUCCACACCCCUCCCCUCAGCGGCAUCUACGCGUCCGAGGGCUGGUUCAUGAAGCUCCUCGAGGAGAGCAGGCCGUUCGUCGUCGCCGACGCCACCAAGGCGCACCUCUUCUACCUGCCCUACAGCUCGCAGAAUCUCAGGCUCUCGCUCUACGUGCCGGACUCGCAUAACCUGCGCCCCCUGGCCGUCUACCUCAGAGAUUUCGUCAAGGGCCUCGCCGCCAAGUACCCCUUCUGGAACCGCACCAGAGGCGCCGACCAUUUCCUCGUCGCCUGCCACGAUUGGGGACCAUACACGACCACGGCGCACCGCGACCUGUCCAGGAACAGCAUCAAGGCGCUGUGCAACGCUGACAGCUCGGAGGGGAUCUUCACGCCCGGGAAGGACGUGUCUCUCCCGGAGACGACCAUCAGGACGCCCAAGCGGCCGCUCCGGUACCUCGGUGGGCACCCCAUCUCCCGGCGGCACAUCCUCGCCUUCUUCGCCGGCAACGUGCACGGCAGGGUCAGGCCGGUCCUCCUCCAGCACUGGGGCAAGGGGCAGGACGAGGACAUGAGGGUGUACGCUCUCCUCCCCGGCAGGGUGUCCAGGACGAUGAACUACAUCGAGCACAUGAAGAAUAGCAGGUUCUGCCUUUGCCCCAUGGGGUACGAGGUGAACAGCCCCAGGAUCGUGGAGGCCCUGUACUACGAGUGCGUGCCGGUGAUCAUCGCCGACAACUUCGUCCUCCCCUUCAGCGACGUGUUCGACUGGAGCGCCUUCUCAGUGGUGGUGGCGGAGAAGGACAUACCGGACCUCAAGAGGAUACUGCAGGGGAUCUCGCUCCGGAAGUACGUGGCCAUGCACGACUGCGUCAAGCGGCUCCAAAGGCACUUCUUGUGGCACGCCAGGCCCCUCAGGUAUGAUCUCUUCCACAUGAUCCUGCACUCCAUUUGGCUCAGCAGAGUGAACCAUGUUCAACUUGACAACUGA